AUGGAGAGGAAUGGAUAUCCUGCCCUCCAGACUUCGGUGGGCUUCUCCCUGAGACAGAGUCCCUCAGCACACUUACGUAACCUGACUUGGACACUUUCAAACCUUUGUCGCAACAAGAACCCCGCACCCCCGCUAGAUGCCGUCGAGCAGAUUCUUCCUACCUUAGUUCGUCUCCUGCAUCACGAUGAUCCAGAGGUCUUGGCAGAUACCUGCUGGGCCAUCUCCUACCUGACGGAUGGUCCAAACGAAUGGAUUGAAAUGGUCGUGAAAACAGGAGUUGUGCCCCAGCUUGUGAAGCUUCUAGGAGCUACUGAGUUGCCCAUUGUGACUCCUGCGCUAAGAGCCAUAGGAAAUAUUGUCACUGGGACAGAUGAACAGACUCAGGUUGUAAUAGACGCAGGAGCGCUUGCUAUCUUUCCCAGCCUGCUAAUGAACCCCAAAACUAAUAUUCAGAAGGAAGCCACGUGGACGAUGUCAAACAUCACAGCUGGCCGCCAGGACCAGAUACAGCAAGUUGUGAAUCACGGAUUAGUCCCGUUCCUCGUUGGUGUUCUCUCUAAGGCAGACUUUAAGACACAAAAGGAAGCUGUCUGGGCUGUGACCAACUAUACAAGUGGUGGGACAGUUGAACAGAUAGUAUACCUCGUCCAUUGUGGCAUAAUAGAACCACUGAUGAACCUCUUAACUGCGAAGGAUACCAAAAUUAUUCUGGUCAUUCUGGAUGCCAUUUCCAACAUCUUUCAGGCUGCUGAGAAACUAGGUGAAACUGAGAAACUUAGUAUAAUGAUUGAAGAAUGUGGAGGUUUGGACAAAAUCGAGGCUCUGCAAAACCAUGAAAAUGAGUCUGUGUACAAAGCUUCAUUAAACUUGAUUGAAAAGUAUUUCUCUGUAGAGGAAGAGGAAGAUCAGAAUGUUGUGCCAGAAACUACCUCUGAAGGCUAUACGUUCCAGGUUCAGGAUGGCACUGCUGGGACCUUUAACUUUUAGCUUGUACAGCCGACGCAGAAAGUUGUUUGUGGUGUGCUUUGUUUGGUAGAAGUUUGUCUUACUGUUUCUCUACUAAGAACUCUUUUUAAAUGUGUUUUGUUAUUGUAGCACUUUUUACAACAAAACUCUACUUGACCAGUUCCAAACUGUAAAAACUGUAUGAAGCUCCUCCUGCCAGUGGGUUUCUUAUUUCUAUGUGGACUCUCCUCU